AUGACCAUGAACGCCAGCAAUCCGGUCGUCAGUGGUCCCGCCGUGUCCUCCACGCAGGAGACUGUCGGCGACAUGAUUCCAACAUCGCACAUCUCCAUGUCGUGGCCGUCAGUACCCCUACUGCUUGCUAUCGUCCUAGGCUACCUUCUUCUCUGUCAAUCACUCCGCUUCUACCACAUCAACGCCCUCCAGAAGCGCCUUGGCUACACUGAUCGCGCCUCCCUGGCAGGCAUGAGCAACGAUGAUGCCCAGAUCAUUCUCAAGCAUAUCAUGGAGCGCGACUUUCCCAUGUUCUACGAGUUGGCACUGCAGUUCGCCAUCUUCAAGACAUAUGCUUUCGAGACCAUGUCCAAGCUCAUCAACUCCACCAAGGAAUUGGCUGAUCCCAAAAACUCCUUCAAAAGGUUUUCCAUCAAUCCCCCGACCUCGGCACGCGCCCUCAAAGCCAUUGCCCGCAUGAACUAUCUCCAUGCCCCCUACAAGGCCGCCUCGAAGAUUUCUAACGAGGACUUUCUCUACACUCUUUCCACCUGUGUCACAGAGCCCAUUCGCUUCAUGCGGCUCUACGAAUGGAGGGCCCUCACCGACGCCGAGGUCUGCGCAAUAGGCACAUUUUGGAAAGCCAUUGGCGACGCCAUGGACAUCCGCUACGACGGGUAUCUCGAUCGCGCCGGCGCCUGGCGCGACGGCAUUGACUUUGCCGAGGAUAUAACCGCCUGGGCCAAAACGUACGAGCUCCAGGCCAUGAAACCCUCUCGUUCCAACAUCAAGCCGAGCCGUGAGCUUGCUCGUCUCAUGAUCUGGCACGUACCUGGAUUUAUGAAGCCGUUCGCCGUUCACGUACUCACUGUUCUCAUGGGCGACCGCGUCCGCGACGCCUUCAUGUAUCCCGAGCCCCCCAUCUCAGCAGCCCUCUUCGCCUACCUGGCACUUGCCGUCCGCCGUCUCGCCGUCCGCCACCUCUGCCUCCCCCGCCUGUUCCCGAAACGGUACUUCUCGAAAGAGGACCCGGCCACGGGCCGCGUGAAUCACUACACCUACCUCGUCCACCCCUACUACAUCCCCGCCACCCUCUGGGCACGCUUCGGCCCCAUGAGCUGGCUGACACGCGCCGUCGGUGGCUUCCCGCCCGGCGACGUCGACAUGCUGCCGCAGGGCUAUCUAUUCGAGGAGGUCGGACCCGCCCGCGAGGUUGGGCAGGGCGUCGAGGAAAUGGCAGAUGGCGUCGAGGCGCUUCGGGCGAGGAAAAGGGGCCGGUGCCCCUUUUCGUGA